GGGACGCGUCAGAGAAGUUGUCUUAAUUUAUCUCAUCAAUUGUUCUUUUAUUGUGAGAUCGAUCGAUCUCUCAACAGCUAACAAUGGACGACCUCUUCGAUGUUUUCGACGACCAACCUUCUAGUAAGGACAAGUCCGAGCCUCAGCAACCCUUCAUAACAAAAAACCCGACUCGACCUAAGAAGAAGAGUAAGAAGCGCAAGGCUGAUGGUGGAAUGAAAAAUGGAUCCGCUGCUGCUGCUUCUACACCAUCCGCGCCAGAAGUUGACAUGGCCGAUAUUGCGCCUACGUCGCCCGAGGAAGACGAAGUCGAAGAAGCUACCUCAGAGAAUCAAGGAGAUAGCAAGCGAAGACGAAAAGAUGGUGCUGCAGAACCCGUAAUGACGGAUACGUUCGAAACUGCAGAAUCCAGAGAGGUCGCAGCCGCCGCAGGAUUUGCUCCGACGAAAGACGAAGCAGCCCUUGUCCUGUCGCACAAUAUCCAACACCAGGUCGCACUUCCGCCAGAUCUCGAUUACGAGUACGUACCACUAUCUGAACACAAGCCACCCGAGAAUCCCGCACGCACUUGGCCUUUCACCCUCGAUCCCUUCCAGCGCCUCUCGAUCUCCUCUAUUGAACGAGAUGAGAGUGUCCUAGUGUCGGCGCAUACGAGUGCGGGAAAGACUGUCGUAGCCGAGUAUGCCAUUGCACACUGUCUCAAGAAGAACCAACGAGUUAUCUAUACUAGUCCCAUCAAGGCGUUGAGCAACCAGAAAUACCGAGAAUUCAACGAGGCAUUUGGGGAUGUUGGUCUCAUGACCGGCGAUGUCACCAUUAACCCCACCGCCAGCUGCCUGGUCAUGACGACCGAAAUUUUGCGAUCUAUGUUGUACCGUGGCUCUGAAAUCAUGCGAGAAGUAGCCUGGGUCGUGUUCGACGAGAUCCACUAUAUGCGAGACAAGUCGCGUGGUGUCGUCUGGGAAGAAACGAUUAUCCUCCUCCCGGACAAAGUCCGAUACGUGUUCCUAUCCGCCACUAUCCCCAACGCCUUCCAAUUCGCUGAAUGGAUCGCAAAGAUACAUCGACAAGCCUGCCAUGUCGUCUAUACCGAUUUUAGGCCUACCCCUCUACAGAAUUAUUUCUUCCCGGCCGGUGGAUCAGGCAUAUUCCUGGUGGUGGAUGAGAAAGGUGUCUUCCGCGAACACAACUUCAAUAGGACUAUGCAACUUAUCGAAGAGCGCAAAGCGGCCGAAGCCAACGAUGUUGAUGCUAAGCAAAAGGGCAAGGGAAAGCACAAGAAGUCGUUCAAGGGAGCCAACAGCGAUAGCUCAGCUGAUAUCCAGAAAAUCGUCAAGAUGAUUAUGAACAAGAACUUCAACCCAGUCAUUGUUUUCAACUUCAGCAAGAGAGAUUGUGAGAUGAUGGCUCUUACUACAUCGAAGUUUGCAUUCAACGACGAAAGCGAGAAGGCUAUGGUGCGAAAGGUCUUUAUGAGUGCCAUCGAAUCUCUAUCGGAAGACGAUCGCGAAUUGCCCCAAAUACAGAACAUUCUCCCGCUGUUGGAGAAGGGAAUAGGUGUUCAUCACUCCGGUCUUUUACCCAUUCUCAAGGAAACAAUUGAAAUUCUGUUCCAAGAAGGCCUCAUCAAGGUCCUCUUUGCAACCGAAACUUUCUCCAUUGGAUUGAACAUGCCGGCGAAGACAGUCGUCUUUACCAAGGUCACAAAGUGGGAUGGUAGCUCCGUUCGACCUUUGACCCCUUCGGAAUACAUCCAAAUGUCAGGACGUGCCGGUCGUCGAGGUCUUGAUGAACGUGGUAUUGUCAUCAUGAUGAUUGACGAUAAAAUGGAGCCGGAUACAGCGAAGAACAUCGUCGUCGGUCAACAAGAUCGUCUCAACUCUGCUUUCUAUCUAGGAUAUAACAUGGUUUUGAACCUACUCCGAAUCGACGCCAUUAACCCCGAGUUCAUGCUAGAGAACUGCUUCUUCCAAUUCCAGAACACCGCCAGCGUUGCCGGCCUGGAACAUGAGUUGAUGAAGCUACAGAAAGCGCGAGACGAAAUGAUCAUCCCCGAUGAGGCUACUAUCAAGGAUUAUUAUGGCUUGAGGCAGCAGAUAUCGCAGUACACCAAGGAUAUGUUGGCAGUCAUUCAACAUCCUAAUUACUGUAUCGAGUAUCUCCAACCAGGAAGACUCGUACAGAUUGCCCACCCGAAGACGGGCAAGGAUUUUGGCUGGGGUGUUAUCGUUAGCGUCACCAAGCGCAAAGAACCUAAGUUUGGCGAGAAGGAGUACGAACCUCAAGAAUCAUAUUUCAUAGACGUGUUCCUUCGUCUCGACCCGGCCUGUGAUCCGUUUGGACCCGCGAACCCUUCAUCCGAGAUGCCAGAAGGAGCCCGAGCUAGUGAUCCCAACCAAGACAGCAUCUUCGAGGCCAUACCUUGCAUGCUUACAUGCAUCAAAGCACUGAGUCAAAUAAGAGUGUUCAUGCCUAAAGAUGUAAAGUCGCGAGAGGAUGUCGAGGCGGUUCGUAAGCAGCUUCUCAAGUCGCUUAAGGAGGUUGAACGCCGCUUCCCUGAUGGAUUACCGGUCUUAGAUCCUAUUGAGAACAUGAAUAUCACCGACGAUUCGUUCAAGAAGCUUCUCCGCAAGAUUGAAGUUCUCGAAUCACGACUUCUAGCUAACCCACUUCACGGUUCGCCUAUGCUGCCCGGCCUCUGGGAACAGUAUUCGGCCAAGAUUGCACGUAACGAUGAGAUCAAGGCUCUCAAGAAAAAGAUCGCUAAGGCCCAUUCUAUUGCGCAGCUGGAUGAACUCAAGUCGAGGAAGCGUGUCCUCCGUCGUCUUGGUUUCAUUAACGAAUCCGAAGUGGUGCAGAUGAAGGCUCGUGUGGCUUGCGAGAUCUCCUCUACAGAAGGUCACGAGUUAUUGUUGUCUGAGCUACUCUUCAACCGAUUCUUCAACGAGCUCUCCCCCGAGCUAUGCGCUGCUAUUCUAAGUGUUUUCAUAUUUGAAGAGAAGGUUGAGGCACAAGCUCUGCCUGAGGAACUGAUGAAGCCAUACACACAGGUACAAGCUCAAGCACGAAUUAUCGCUAAAGUUAGUCAAGAAAGCAAGCUCGAGGUUAACGAAGAAGAGUAUGUCGCAAGCUUGAAGUGGCAACUCAUGGAGACGGUCUACGCGUGGGCCAAUGGAAAGUCUUUCGCUGAUGUCUGCAAAAUGACCGAUGCAUACGAGGGCUCCUUGAUUCGUCUGUUCCGUCGACUCGAAGAGCUACUACGCCAAAUGGCACAGGCAGGAAAAGUCAUGGGAAGUGAGGAACUAACAACCAAGUUUGAGGAGAGUUUGUCUAAGAUCCGUCGUGAUAUCGUGGCAGCUCAGUCUCUUUACCUGUAAAGGCAUUCCGCAGCAACCGGAUACGAAUUUUCUUGCUAUCGUUCUCUUUACACGUUUAGGCGAUCAUACAUUCGUUGGUAGGUGGACGUUGGACGAAUGGAUGUAAGAUUUACUCAGAUACUCGAGAUAAUUCGGCGGCAGGGUGCUCUUAGGCUACCACUAAUUCAUGCGACCUCGAGGCAAGGGACUUGGAACGAUGGAAGCAGC